GGGGGAGGCAGAGUCAAGGCAAAGGAAAGGACAGAGGGGAAUUUAGGUUGCGUCCCGUAUUUGGAAUAAGCUACACCAGACCACAGCCUUCUCUUUGACGUGAAACAGACGUGCAUUUUUUUUUAUUUAAGUUUUACUGCUUAAACGUCUUACCCGAUCGUCUUUUUUUUCUCGACUGUAACGAAAUAGUUUCCGGACGAAUAAUGGGAUUUCUCGGACAUACCUGGCAACAUUGAGUUGGGAAAACAAGGGAUAAUUUUUUUUCUUACAUUUGGAGGAAAAAAAAAAGCGACUAGCCGUGUUGUUGAAGGUGGUCGGGUUUUAUCAUAGCGGUGCGAAGGUUUUGUAUUAUUUAAGUUUCCGUAUGGAAAAGCGGCGCAGUGUUGGCGUUAAGGUGGGGAGAAAAGUAAGGCUAUGGUUAGCUCGCUAGCUAGCUGGAUAUAGCUAAGCUAGCGCCGUGCUAACUUGAUUCCUGGAGCAGAGGAGGGGCACCGGGGCUUUGUAGCAUUGCAGAUCUCCUUUUUUUUCCCUCUGAGGUGGGGGGGAGUGACUGCUGCAAGAAUGGGAAAUACAAAAAAUCUGCCACGACACCUCAUGGGAAGCUCUCGCCUUUAAAGUUUAGAGGCGAAAACCGGAGCAGCUGCCAGGGAUUGGAACCACAAUCAGGCGGCCCGGAGCAGCCGGGGUCUGGGCUUCUUUUCUUAUGUGCCCUGUGGGGAUCAGGAUCACAAAAUGGGGAAAUGUUGCACAUGUUAUCCCAUAAACUGGAUCUCGAGAUGGAGAUCAUGAUUAGAUCAGGUGUAACCUGGAAUUAGCCGGUUAAAGUUAUUGUUUAGAAUAAAUAUUCGCGGUGAGGGAACUUCUUUGCAGGCCCCUCUGUGCUAACUCGCAGGCCGGGGAGGUGCUCGUUCGUUCCCGUCCGUCUCUGGAGUUCACAAAUCAGCAAUCAUGUCCGGAGAGGUGCGUUUGAAGAAGCUGGAGAAGCUGAUCCUGGACGGGCCGGCUCAGGCUAACGGCCAGUGUCUGAGUGUGGAGACCCUGCUGGACAUCCUGGUGUGUCUGUACGAUGAGUGCAACAACUCUCCGCUCCGCAGGGAGAAAAACAUUCUGGAGUUCUUGGAUUGGGCCAAACCCUUCACUUCCAAGGUGAAGCAGAUGCGCCUGCACAAGGAAGACUUUGAGAUCCUUAAAGUGAUUGGACGAGGAGCAUUUGGCGAGGUUGCAGUAGUAAAAGUGAAGACCACAGACAAGGUAUUCGCCAUGAAGAUUCUCAACAAGUGGGAGAUGCUAAAGCGGGCGGAGACAGCGUGUUUUCGGGAGGAGCGAGACGUGUUGGUAAAUGGGGACAGCCAGUGGAUCACCACCCUACAUUACGCCUUUCAGGAUGACAAUAACCUGUACCUGGUUAUGGACUACUAUGUGGGUGGAGACCUGCUGACUUUGCUCAGUAAAUUUGAGGACCGACUGCCUGAGGAGAUGGCGAAGUUCUACCUGGCGGAGAUGGUUCUGGCCAUAGACUCUGUUCAUCAGCUUCAUUAUGUCCACAGGGACAUUAAACCCGACAACAUUCUGUUGGAUAUGAACGGCCACAUCCGCCUGGCUGACUUUGGCUCCUGCCUCAAGCUCAUGGAGGAUGGAACCGUCCAAUCCUCUGUGGCAGUGGGGACUCCAGACUAUAUCUCACCAGAGAUCUUGCAGGCUAUGGAGGAUGGGAAAGGCAAGUAUGGACCCGAGUGUGACUGGUGGUCUCUGGGCGUCUGCAUGUAUGAAAUGCUGUAUGGCGAGACGCCUUUCUAUGCAGAGUCCCUGGUGGAGACAUAUGGCAAGAUCAUGAAUCACAAGGAGCGGUUCCAGUUCCCUCAGCAGAUAACAGACGUGUCAGAGGAAGCAAAGGAUCUGAUUCGCCGGCUCAUUUGCAGUCGAGAGCACCGACUGGGCCAGAACGGCAUCGAGGACUUCAAGCAGCAUCCCUUCUUCUCUGGCAUUGACUGGGACAACAUCCGUACAUGCGAGGCCCCUUACAUCCCCGAGGUCAGCAGUCCUACAGACACCUCAAACUUUGAUGUGGAUGAUGAUUGCCUCAAGAACUCGGAGACCAUGCCCCCUCCCUCUCACACUGCCUUCUCCGGCCAUCACCUGCCAUUUGUGGGCUUCACCUACACAAGUAAAUGUACUCUGUCUGACCGGGGCUGCCUGCGGAAGCUGUCGGGUGAACCUGGCCAGGCAGGGCAGGACCAGUUGGACCUUGAAGUUCAGCGCGGCCUGGAGGACAGCCUCGCCACUGAGGCCUACGAAAGGAGAAUACGCCGUCUGGAGCAGGAGAAGCUGGAGCUCAGCCGCAAGCUACAAGAAUCAACCCAGACGGUGCAGGCGCUGCAGCACCCGACAGGCGAGGGCCCUCUGAGCGCCAACAAGGAGGUGGAAAUCAAGAGUCUGAAGAGUGAGAUUGACAUCCUUAAGAAGCAGAUUGCAGACUCUGGGCAUCUGGAGAAGCAGCUGGAGGAUGUGACGUUGGCGCGCAGGGACCUGGAGGACUCGUCCAAACACAUCAAGAAUCUGGAAAAGCAAAUGAGGACUGUCACGCAGGAGAGAGACGACCUGCACAAGGACCUCAUGGACGCCAGUGAGAAGCUGAAGUCUCAGUCAAAAGAGCUGAAAGAAGCCCACAGCCAGAGGAAAUUGGCCAUGCAGGAGUUUUCUGAGCUCAACGAGAGACUCACAGAACUCAGGUCUGCAAAGCAGCGCCUGGCUCGCCAGUUGCGCGACAAAGAGGAAGAAAUGGAGAGUCAGUCUCAGAAGAUUGAAGCUCUGCGCCUUGAGGUGCGAAAGGCCGAGAGGGCCAAGAAGGAGAUGGAGGGGCAGUCGGAGGAGCAGGCAUUAGAGGCUCAGAAGGAGCGGAAGCUGAAAGAGCGGAAUGAACAGUACAGCCGGCAGCUGGAGGAGGAGCUCGAAGGACUUAAGUUGAAACAGGUCGGGCCGACUGCUGCCCUGUCCUCAGCAGACCAGUCUCAGGAGAUGGGGCGCCUGCGGGGAGAACUGGAGAAGAAGACACUCCUGUACGAAGAGGAGCUGGCACGUAGGGAGGCGCAGCAUGGCACCGAGCUCAAAGCCUUACGCAAAGAGCUGCGGGAUGCUGAGACCCAGCACCUCGCCCUGCAGAAAGAGAUCCUGGUGCUCAAAGACAAGCUGGAAAAAACUCGACGUGAGAGCCAAAGCGAGCGGGAAGAGUUUGAGACGGAGUACAAGCAGAAGUACGAGCGAGAGAGAGUCCUUCUUACAGAAGAAAACAAAAAGCUCUCCAGUGAACUGGAUAAGUUGACCAGCAUGUUUGAGAAGAUGAGCAGCUCCAACCGGCAGCUGGAGGAGGACAUGAGGGAGCUCGCUGAUAAGAAGGAGAGCGUAGCUCACUGGGAGGCGCAGAUAACAGAAAUCAUCCAGUGGGUGAGUGACGAGAAGGAUGCAAGAGGCUACUUGCAGGCGCUGGCCACGAAAAUGACAGAAGAGCUGGAGGGACUGAGGAACACCAGCCUUGGAGCAAGAGCCACGGACAUGCCCUGGAAGAUGCGGCGCUUUGCCAAACUGGACAUGUCUGCUCGUCUGGAGCUGCAGUCGGCCCUGGAUGCAGAAAUCAGAGCCAAGCAGAGCAUCCAGGAUGAACUGAACAAAGUCAAGGCCAACAGUAUUUCCACAGAGUGUAAACUGCAGGAGGUGGAAAAUAAAAACCAAGAACUGCUGGCUGAGAUUGACAGGCUGAAAAAAGAGACAGAGGAGUUGCGGCUACGUAGGGGUGUCAAGCACCAAGAUUCUCAAAAUUCCUUUUUGGCUUUUCUCAACGCCCCGACUUCAGCGCUCGACCAGUUUGACGUGGAUUCCAUGGAUAACUUCACCCCAUCCAACACUCCAUCCCGCGAAGACGACCCCAAGUCCUUCCUCAAGUCCCGCUCACGUUCCCCCUCCAUGGCGAGCGAUAUGGAGCCCAUAGAGUUGAUAGACCAUCCAAGUCGUUUGGUUCAGACCCCCACGAUGCGCUCAGGAGGUUAUGGCAGCAUUGGACGCUCUUCGCCGAAGCCUAAAGCACAUCAGUUUGUGGUGAAGACUUUCAACACUCCCACCAAGUGUAACCAGUGCACCUCCCUCAUGGUGGGGCUCAUACGUCAAGGUUGCACCUGUGAAGUGUGUAACUUCUCCUGCCAUGUGACCUGUGCGGACAAAGCUCCAGCUGUGUGUCCCGUUCCCCAGGACCAGACCAAAGGUCCACUGGGUAUCGACCCCCAGAGAGGCAUCGGGACUGCGUAUGAAGGACACGUCAGGGUUCCCAAACCAACGGGGGUGAAGAAGGGCUGGCAGAGGGCCAUGGCUGUGGCGUGUGACUUUAAACUCUUCCUCUAUGAACUGGGAGAAGGAAAAGCCACACAACCGAGUGUAGUCGUCAGCCAGGUCAUCGAUAUGAGGGAUGAAGAGUUUUCUGUCAGUCCUGUUCUGGCGUCUGAUGUCAUCCAUGCCAGCCGCAAGGACAUCCCGUGUAUAUUCAGAGUGACAGCGUCUCAGCUUUCUCCAUCCAGCAGCCACAAGCCCUCCAUCCUGAUCCUGGCUGACAGCGACCAGGAGAGGAACAAGUGGGUCGGCCUCCUCAACGAGCUCCACCGCAUCCUCAAAAAGAACAAGCUGAAGGAGCGCUUUGUCUACGUCCCCAAAGAGGCGUACGACAGCACGCUGCCGCUGAUCAAGACCACGCAGUCUGCUGCUAUCAUAGAUCAUGAGCGUGUUGCCCUGGGCAACGAGGAAGGCCUUUUUGUAGUCCAUGUCACCAAAGAUGAAAUAAUCCGGGUCGGUGACAACAAGAAGGUGUACCACAUUGACCUGAUCCUCCAGGAGCAGCUGCUGGCAGUCAUCUCCGGCAGGAACCGCCACGUACGUCUCUUUCCAACGCAGGCGCUGGACGGCCGAGAGACAGAGUCCCACAAGCUGGCAGAGACGAAGGGCUGUCAGACCAUCGUUUCCGGCCCCGUCCGGAAUGGCUCGCUCACCUGCCUGUGUGUGGCCAUGAAGAGACAAAUCAUCUGCUACGAGGUCAAUAAGAGUAAAGUGCGUCAUCGCCGUCUGCGGGAGCUGCAGGCCCCGGGUCCCGUCCAGUGGAUGGGUCUGCUCAGCGAGCGUCUCUACGUGGGUUUUCAGUCCGGCUUCACCCGCUACAGCGUCCACGGUGACUUGUCCCCAGUUAGCCUGCUGCACCAUGAGGACCACACGCUGGCCUUCAUCCCCCAGCAGGGCCUGGACGCCCUCUGUGCUGUGGAGAUCUCCAGCAAGGAGCUGCUGCUGUGCUUCAGUGCCAUCGGCGUGUACGUAGACUCGCAGGGUCGAAGGUCACGGCAGCAGGAGCUGAUGUGGCCAGCUGUCCCCAAUGCUGCCUGCUACAACGCCCCCUACCUGUCGGUGUACAGUGAGAACGCUGUGGAUGUGUAUGACGUCAACACCAUGGAGUGGAUUCAGACCAUCCCUCUGAAGAAGGUGCGACCUCUGAAUGUGGACGGCUCGCUGAACCUGCUGGGGCUGGAGACGGUCCGACUUAUCUACUUUAGAAACAAAACAGCAGAGGGUGAUGAGCUGGUCGUCCCGGAGACGUCAGACAACAGCAGGAAGCAGAUGGUGCGGAGCAUGAACAACAAGAGACGCUUCUCCUUCAGGGUUCCAGAAGAGGAGCGUCUUCAGCAGAGGAGAGAGAUGCUGCGAGAUCCAGAGAUGAGGAACAAGCUGAUUUCCAACCCAACAAACUUUAAUCAUGUGGCCCACAUGGGCCCAGGGGACGGGAUCCAGAUCCUUAAAGACCUGCCUAUGAAUGUGCGUGUUCAGGAGAGCCGCGCCGGCUUCAGUGGUUCUGUCAGUAUUCCAUCGAUCACCAAAAACCGGGGGGAGCCAGGCCGCUCCAUGAGUGCCAGCAGUGGACUGGGCAUACGCGCGUCCUCACAGAAUGGCAGCGCUCUGCGCAGAGAGCUGUCAGGAGGAAGCUACGGGUCCAAACGGCAGACCAUGACCUCACCCUCCGAGAGCUCACUGUCCUCUGGCGGUGGUGUGGACUGUGGCGAUGCACCGCUGUCACAGUUUGACAGAGAGUGGCAGGCAGUGUCGCCAUCGGAGAAGACCCCCGAUCUGAAAAGGGCUUUAAGGACCCUGCUUAGUAAGAUGAAGGAUUCGGACUCCCCGCGUCACUCCACAGCCUCCAACAGCUCCACCUUCAGCAGCCCUCCCAGUCCGGCCUCCCCUCACAAGACCAAGUCCCUGUCCCUGGAGAGCACAGACCGGAUGGGCUGGGACACAUGAGCCCCGCCCACCACCCAACUGACUGACAGCACAGGACUCCAAUCCCGCCCACCCAGCCGGCGUCUCGCUUCUUACUCCUCCCACUGUUCCCCUUCACUGCCCCGAGAACUGCGCCAGCGUUUGUUCUGCUCCACCUUUAUCACCUUGGUUUGACUCCGCCCACCACGCUCACACAACGGAGUUGAAAGAUUCCUAUUCGAGGGAUGUUUUGUAAAUGUCGGCGCUUUUCAGCACGCGUUUAUCCAGAAAGGUCACAUGACAUAGGAAGGAAACUGUCGAGCUUCAUCAGCUUCGUGAUUCAUGAAGCGUUGGGCUUCUCCCGCGACUCUCAAAAAAAAAAAAAAAAAAAAAAAAAAAAAAAAGCUGAAAGGGAAAAAAAAAAAAAAAAAAGGAUUUGUACUUGUACAUAGGAGCUUAUGGGUUUUAGGGGACAAUAUUUUAAUUUAUUUAUCUUUAACAAGGGAGCAAAGUGGUGGAGUUUCAAUCCCACAAUCCCUCAGUUUCUGUCAGACGGGAACAAAAACUGCGUUAAAGAAAGAAAAACUGCAACUUUAUUUUGCUUUUGAUUCUGAUGUUCAAGUGCGGUGACUUUAUAUUUUAUUUUUCUUAAAUUUUCCCUUAAACAUAAGCAGCAUGAAUAAGGCGGGGCUUAUUGCAGCUCCUCUCAUUGGUGCUGCGCGAGUGACAUCAUGAGGCUCUCCCGGAUCGCCCUCUGUGUGUAAUGUAGUGCUUCCAAGGAAGAUGACACCAAACUGACCGAUUCCAUCACAGCAAUGUACAUAACGUUCAAAAUAGAGAGUAAUAUAUGAAAAGGAAAAUACUAUAGAGAAAAAGAUGAGAAGGAAAAAAGUUCUUUAAUUUUCCUUUUGAGUGACUUUUUUUUUCUUCACAAAAGCCAUUUUUUAAAACCACUUGUUUUUUUUCCUGUCGUUGCUUUUAGAUUUUUCUAUUGUAUGUGUGACUCAUGUUUUUGUCCCAUAAUUUGCAUUUGAUGUAUAAUGCGUUUAUGGAACGAUGCCGCUGCCUGAACGGCGACGUGAUUCUGCUCCGUCACACGCGAGUUCUGACAGAGCCUGGCGGCAUUUUUAAGCAACAGAUGCCUUGUCGUCCUUUGUGAGAGCUUCACUAAUCGAGUUACUGUGUCCAUUUCCAAAAUCACCAGGCAACCUCAGACGGUAACAGCUGACCACUCUGUCACGUGGACUCAUUUUGACAGAUUCCCCCCACCACAAAAUGUCACUCAAAACAACUCAUUCCAAGUGUGUGCUUUUUUUAAAAAAAAAAAAAUUAAUUUAUUUUUAAAUAGUGUGCCACUGAGUUUGUUUUAUUCCAGCUGUUGCCAUGCGCUGUCCUUAAUUCCACAGUUUUUCUGUAGUUUGUAAGAGCCGAGCAAACGAAAAAUCUCCAGGUGUUUUGUCCUCAAAAACAGUGUCCCAAUUUUAAGAUCAGAACCUCAGGAAAGAUCGGCACCAACGAACAAUUUGGUUUGAGUAAAACUGAGCGUGUGGAAUGGAAGGAUGGAGACGAGUCUGGAUGAAAUUUCUAUAUAUAAAAAAUAUGGGCGAUGCUUUCAGGGCAACAGGCAGCUCGAUGGCUGAGGUGCCACAGUGGUAACAUUGAAAAUAAAAUUCUAAACGCCUUUGCAUUUCAGUGAGGUCUUAUCUACUUGGCUCUUUCAUAUCAUACUACAUUUUUGUUUUGUUUUUUCUAGGAUUGCUUUGUAAUUUUGUACAGUUUUGCAUGUUAUAGAUGUAAUCAUUUUGGUUUGUUUUAAUUUUUUUUUUUUUUUUUUUUUGAAUGGUUUUGGUGUUUUACUGAGGAUAACCCACUGCAGGUGAUGUAGAUUCUUUUGCACAAGAAAUAUUUAAGGUGUAAGGUAAAAAAAAAUAAAAUAAAAAAAUAAUGUAUGGAACUGGCUGCCACGCUGAUGUGGAGAACUUGUAUUAACCUGACUCCGAUGUAUUUCAAUAAAGCGGAGUGCUGUUACAAAUACAAA